AUGGCUAGGGCUGCCCGGCUCCGCGGCGCGGUCCUGCGCACCCUCCUGCUUGCAAUGUUGCUGCUGCUGCUCCAGCCACCUCCGUUGCUAGCCCGGGCCCCGCGGCCGCCGGAUGCCCGCCGCCAUUACGCAGUGAGGAGGGGUCCUCAGCUCUGGCAUGAAGCUUGGCCCAACAGCCUGGCACCACGCCUCCCUGCCUCUGGGGUCUCCCAGCAUGGCCAAGGCCUCAGACCUCCUCGCUGUGGAGUGCCUGACCCACCCGAAGGGUUGAAUGCCCGGAAUCGACAGAAACGUUUUGUGUUGUCAGGGGGGCGCUGGGAGAAGACAGACCUCACUUACAGGAUCCUUCGGUUUCCAUGGCAGCUGCUUCGGGAGCAGGUACGGCAGGCUAUGGCAGAGGCCCUGCAGGUGUGGAGUGAUGUGACGCCGCUCACCUUCACGGAGGUGCAGGAGGGCCGUGCUGACAUCAUGAUUGACUUUAUCAGGUACUCACAUGGUGAUGACCUGCCAUUUGAUGGACCCGGGGGAGUCCUAGCCCACGCCUUUUUCCCCAAGACACACCGCCAGGGGGAUGUUCACUUCGACUAUGAUGAGACCUGGACUAUUGGGGACAACCAAGGCACAGACCUCCUGCAGGUGGCAGCCCAUGAGUUUGGUCACAUGCUGGGGUUGCAGCACACAAAUGCAGCUAAGGCCGUGAUGGCCCCUUUCUACACCUUCCGCUACCCGCUGAGCCUCAGCCCUGAUGACCGCAGGGGCAUCCAGUACUUAUAUGGCCGGCGUUGGCAAGCAUCCACCUCCAGACCCCCGACUACAGCCCCCCAGGUUUUGGAAGACAACAAUGAGAUUGCUCCUCUGGAGCCAGAGGUCCUGCCAGAUGCCUGUGAGGUCUCCUUUGAUGCCGUCUCCACCAUCCGUGGCGAGCUCUUCUUCUUUAAGGCGGGUUUCGUGUGGCGGCUACGCAAGGGUCAGCUGCAGCCUGGCUACCCUGCACUGGCCUCUCGCCAUUGGCAGGGACUGCCCAGCCCUGUGGACGCUGCCUUUGAGGAUGCCCAGGGCUACAUCUGGUUCUUCCAAGGUGCCCAGUAUUGGGUGUAUGAUGGUGAGAAGCCAGUCCAGGGUCCUUCACCACUUUCUGACCUGGGCCUGCCAGAGUCCCCUAUCCAUGCUGCAUUGGUCUGGGGCACAGAGAAGAACAAGAUCUACUUUUUCCGGGGUGGAGACUACUGGCGCUUUCACUUGAACACCCGCCACGUGGACAGCCCCGAGCCCCGCCGGGUGACUGAUUGGCGAGGGGUGCCUGCGGAGAUAGACGCUGCCUUCCAGGAUGCCAAUGGCUAUGCCUAUUUCCUGCGUGGCCGCCUCUACUGGAAGUUCGACCCUGUGAAGGUGAAGGCCCUGGAGGGCUUCCCCCGAUUUGUGGGCCCCGACUUCUUCAACUGUAUUGAACCUGCCAACACUUUCCGCUAAACACAGCUUGACCUCCUGCGAGGGCCUCCCCUGG